CCUGACUGGACCAUAGCCUUUCCCACCGGCACACGACAGCUAGUUUUAAUUGAAAUAAUUACAAAUGAUUUUGAUCAAGAAUGUCUUAAAGUGUUUUUUUCGAUGGUCCUACUCAUCCAAUCACCAGAUUUGUUAACAAUGAACGGCACUUACUUUUACUUCUUGGGCUUAUUUGACGGUGGUGGUGGAGCUCUAUUCACUCUUCAUGUUAUAAGUAAGACUUUGAGACUUUUGAUUUAA